CAACCUGCAUUAGUCAAUUUGAAUAUUAAAGAUACAUUAUCAACGGUUCGUACGAUACUCAAAGAUAAUGACAAGAUCAAAAUGAAUGGUAUUGUUUUAUUUUCACGAAAAACUUACGAAGGAAAAUUUGCCGAAAUAGCACGGAGAAAUGAGAAUGAAUUUGAGUUAAAUAAAAUUUUUGAAAAAUCUGAAAGUCAGAAUUGUUCUUCCGACUAUACAUUACAUUUACAAUUAAACCUAUGUUGGGAGUAUCUGAAUCAUUUGCAUGAGUUGGAUUAUGGAUGUUUCAUAACAAUUGAUGGAAUAGUGAGAGCCAAGAAGAAAGCUUAUAAAAUGAAGAACUGUGAAUUGAAAGACAUUCGUUCUGAAGGGUUUGAAAAAGGGAAAUUUGAAAUUAAAUCAGAAACUGACGAGAUAAUGAAAAAAAAUUUAUUUUUCAGUGCCAGUGUAAAUGUAAAAGAUUUUGUAGAGUUAGCAAUAUCGAAUGAAAAAUCAAAAAAUGAACAAACCAAAUUUCAAUCAAAUUAUUCCUAUCAUUAUACAAAAUUUGGAAAAGCAUCUUUGGAAUUUAAUAAGCAUUUAGAACCAACACCAGAAUUUAUUAAAGCGGUGAAAGAAGCCACAAGUUCUAAUGAUUCAAAAGAAUGUUUUAAACGCAUUAUAACGGAUUAUGGUCAAUUCGUUCCAUCUAAAGUUAUUUUGGGCGGAAGAGCUUAUUUCAAAGAAAUAUCAACGCAUCUAGAACGCUUUAAAGAAGAUGCUAAUGAAGGUGUUUUAAGUGCAAAUAUUAGAUAUAUGAAAGGCAAAGCAGGCGAAGGUUCUAAAAGUUCAAAUAAGAUAUCUAAUUUACAUCGUCUUGAAUGCUCAAAAUUAAUUGGAGGAGAUCCUCCUGAUCGUUUUGAAAAUUUUGAAGAGGAAGCGUGGACUAAAUCUCUAAAGCAUCAUAGCAAAUGGAGAUGCAUAGAAUAUCAGGAUCCUAUUG